GGUGGGAGUCCGGCAAGGAUGGGAAGGGUGCGGGUUCCCCCACUCUUACUCACUUGUACCAGCACCCAUAGAAGAGGACAGACUGAGACGCUGCUGGGCCUGCUGACAUACACAGACUGUGUCAGACACCUGCGUCCUCAUGAUUCGUGACAAGAGCCCCCAGAGGCUGAGCAGGCCUAGCUAUGGCUCCAUUUCCAGCCUGCCAGGCCCAGCACCUCAGCAAGUACCACCCCAGAAGACCUACUUGAGUGAGAAGAUUCCCAUCCCCAGCACAGAGCAGGGCACAUUCAGCCUGAGGAAACUGUGGGCCUUCACGGGGCCUGGCUUCCUCAUGAGCAUCGCUUUCCUUGACCCAGGGAACAUUGAGUCGGACCUUCAAGCCGGUGCUGUGGCUGGAUUUAAACUGCUCUGGGUACUGCUAUGGGCCACCGUGUUGGGCCUGCUCUGCCAGAGGCUGGCUGCCCGGCUAGGCGUGGUGACAGGCAAGGACUUGGGUGAAGUCUGCCAUCUCUAUUACCCUAAGGUGCCCCGCACCCUCCUCUGGCUGACCAUCGAGCUAGCCAUUGUGGGCUCAGACAUGCAGGAAGUCAUCGGCACGGCCAUCUCCUUCAAUCUGCUCUCAGCUGGACGAAUCCCCCUGUGGGGCGGCGUCCUGAUCACCAUUGUGGACACGUUCUUCUUCCUCUUCCUGGAUAACUAUGGACUGCGCAAGCUGGAAGCGUUCUUUGGAUUUCUUAUUACUAUCAUGGCUCUGACCUUCGGUUAUGAGUAUGUGGUAGCACGUCCAUCCCAGGGAGCACUUCUUCAGGGUGUGUUCCUGCCCUCCUGCCCGGGCUGCGGUCAGCCUGAGCUGUUGCAGGCAGUGGGCAUUGUUGGCGCCAUUAUCAUGCCCCACAACAUCUACCUGCACUCAGCCUUGGUCAAGUCUAGAGAGGUAGACAGAACCCGCCGGGCGGACAUUCGCGAAGCCAACAUGUACUUCCUGAUUGAAGCCACCAUCGCCCUCUCUGUGUCCUUCAUCAUCAACCUCUUUGUUAUGGCUGUGUUUGGUCAGGCCUUCUACCAGCAAACCAACGAGGAAGCGUUCAACAUCUGUGCCAACAGCACCCUCCACAGCUACGCUAAGAUCUUCCCUAGGGACAAUCACACAGUGUCGGUGGACAUUUACCAAGGAGGUGUGAUCCUAGGCUGUCUCUUUGGCCCUGCCGCCCUCUACAUCUGGGCAGUGGGUCUCCUGGCAGCGGGGCAGAGUUCUACUAUGACGGGCACCUAUGCAGGACAGUUCGUGAUGGAGGGCUUCCUGAAGCUGCGGUGGUCCCGCUUCGCACGUGUCCUCCUCACUCGCUCUUGCGCCAUCCUGCCCACUGUGCUUGUGGCCGUCUUCCGAGACCUGAGGGACCUCUCAGGCCUCAACGAUCUACUCAACGUUCUGCAGAGUCUGCUGCUGCCCUUUGCUGUGCUGCCCAUCUUGACUUUCACCAGCAUGCCAGCCGUCAUGCAGGAGUUUGCCAAUGGCCUGUUGAGCAAAGCCAUCACCUCCUGCAUCAUGACACUCAUCUGCGCCGUCAACCUCUACUUUGUGGUCAGCUACCUGCCCAGCCUCCCGCACCCUGCCUUCUUUGGCCUUGUAGCUCUGCUGGCUGUGGGCUACUUGGGCCUUACUGCCUAUCUGGCCUGGACCUGUUGCAUCGCCCACGGAGCCACCUUUCUGACUCACGGCUCCCACCAGCACUUCCUAUACGGGCUCCCUAAAGAGGAGCAGGAAGACAGGGAGCGCUCUGGGUGAGCAGCACACUGGAUCCAGCCAGCAAGGCCGCAGGAUACAGCAAGGCAAUUGGAGGUCGGCAACCCGGCUCUCGGGAUUACAGAUUUCCCGUUUAGAGGAGGGCUUUACCUCUGAGUAAAGUAUUCUCGGCUGUGCUAGGGACCACACCCAUCUAACCACCAAGCUAAAGGACUUAAAAACACAGUGCCCGGGGCGAGAGAGAUGGCUCAGCAGUUAAGAACACUGGCUGCUCUUUCCC